AAUAUUGGCAUCACAGUGGAUAGAGGAAAAGGAGAUACUCACCACGGUUAUCGCUUCUGACAGUUGUUCAGCUCUAUCCAGCAUUCGACCAGGAAGGUCGUCAUUUAUCUUUACCAGAGGAGGUCAGAUGUGUUGAGGAGUCAUGGAGAACACAUGCAGCCAGUACCUGUUCCUCUUCCUACUCUCUCUCUCCACCAGCCCACCACCGCCUGUUGAGGCCUCCAUAGACCGCCUCAGAUGGGUCCAUCGUCACUCGAUCCUAAAGCAGUGGUGGCCCGCCAAUCGCUACUGCAAGUCUCACUAUGGUGGUAACAGCACGCUAGCCAACGCAAGGAAUGAUCUUGAUCUACCAUAUUUCUCAGAGAUUUGUGGCGGUUCGGAUGUGAGAUGCUGGGUCGGACUCCGUUAUUGGGGGAUAAAUGGUGUGUGGAGGUGGGAAAACGGCCAGCGAAACUCCCUGCCUUUCCAGCUCUUGUAUCAUUGGUAUGACAAUGGAUGUGGUGGCAUCCAUCAGGGCAGGCUGAUCGACAGACAUUGUAGUAAUACAUUUUGGUUUCUUUGUGAGCAUAACCUGGUAUUGGAGGAGGAGAAGACGUGGGAGGAGGCUCUCGACCACUGCAGGGCUCUUGAACCGGACGCAUCGGAUCUCCUCAGCUUCCACGACGAGGAGGAAUUGUCCCACGUCCAGGAGGAGAUGACCCGGGCCCAGACGGAGGAGGUGUGGGUCGGUCUGCGCUGGCUGGCGGGCCGCUGGCUGUGGAUGGACCGGAACGCCGGUGGCGUUAUUACCUUGCCCGAGUGUCCCGCCAACGGGAACCACUGUGGGACUCUGUCUGGGGGAGGCAUGCAGGCCAGGAACUGUUUGGAGAAGAGGAGGUUCUUCUGUCGGAAAUUACCCCCAGUUUGAUCCUGGCAACCUCAACUGAAUACUUAGUUACGAUAGUGAUUCAACGACGUUGCUGAAAAUGUUGAAAGGUUCUUGCUUAGAUUGAAGGACCAUCUUAAACAUCCUCAAGGCUAAGCUAGUAGGUCCUCAAUACAAAUGUAGUCAUUGUGUGUCAAUGAACAUGCUGUUGUUAAGGUUAGUAUAUUAUAGUCAAAGUAAGAUUCAGAUGCAUGUAUAGGAUCUGUAGUGAACAUGAUAAGAUUAUAGUCAAAGUAAAAAUACUAAUCCACACGUGUGCAUAGGAUCUGUUGUAAAGAUGAUUUGAUCGUAGUAAAACUAAAAUAUAAAUUCACAUGUAUGUAUAGGAUAUGUUAUAAAGAUGAUAAGAUUAUAUUCUCAAUGUA